GUUGUGAUACUGUGGAAUGAUAGUGGUGUCACCAUUGAUUGUUUAGGUAUAUUCCGUAUUCCAUAUUCUGUAUUUGCGUACGUAAACCUCGGUGCCUGAACAGGGACCUGAGUCAAUGCGUGCGUACCUACAUAGAGACCACAUAACACACCUAAUGUAUCACACCUAUGUACCUAAGGCAUGCAGGUAUCCGCCUUCUACAACCGAUUUCUUUUUUUUCUUUCACUUCGACAAACAAGCAAAUCUUAAUCUAGAAUUAUAUAUUUUUUGGAAGUAUAAUACUCAUCGCUAUGGCCAAGCUAAAGAGUUUACCUUCUGAACUUUUCCAAAUGAUCGCGACUUGCGGCAUUCUGAGAAGAAGUGAUCUUGCGUCCCUUACUCUCACCAACAAGCAACUCUAUUUUGCCAUCAACAAAAUACUUUACAAGACCUUUGGAAGCCCGGUCGCAAUUGAAUUUGCCGUAAAAAAUAGCACGAUUGGUACUCUUGAAGCUGCCCUUUCCUUCGGACUGGACAUACACUACGAUGGCGAUGAACCACUCCACCAGGCUUGCAGGGGGGAUCGGAUUGAAGUUAUAAAAUGGUUAUUAAAUCAUGGCUCGUCGGUCGACACCGAACUCAUAUCUGGUAUAUCUGGUACUUCCGCCGAUGUGUCUCGUUCUCCGCUGUUCUCCGCACUCGUCGUCGGGAGCGAAGAUGCUGCCUUGUUGUUACUUAAACUUGGGGCUACUCCUAGAUUCACCUUUCGCUCUGAUUAUCAUAAUCAUAAAGGGUACAUGUGCUAUCAUGUAGCUCGCCGGGCAUACUAUUAUACAGCUCUUCACAUAGCGGUUGACAAGGGUAUGCUGCGUGUGAUGGAAUUUCUAAUUCAUGAACACAUACAACCCAUUGAUGAGAAUGUCCAUGGCUAUCCAUUUCAUGGUUAUCCAUUUCAUGGUUAUCCAUCGGUCUUAGUCUUCUCAAUUGGGCAACACAGUCCUAAUCGGUUGAGUACAUUAAAGAAGCUGAUUGAGCUUGGGGCCAACGUCAACGUCGAAACUUACAACGGUGGAAGUCCAUUCAUACUUGCUCUUGAGUAUGGCUACUAUGACUACGCGGAAGCACUACUUGAUGCAGGUGUGAUGAUUAACUCGAGAUCCACCAACCCUAGAAUAAAACAUCCCAUUCAUGCUUGUAUUAGUGGCUCGAGACACGACUUCCUUGGAGGAUGCGCCAUGCUUUCUAGGCUAAUAGAAGCUGGUGCAGACCUGGAAAAGAGUUACCUAGGAGGAUAUACUCCCUUGGGACAGGCUGUGGUAGAUGGGCAUUGCAAAAUGGUAUCUCAUCUCUUAUCAUUGGGUGUUCGUGUCGAUGGUCAAGAUUCAUCCGGACGUACUCCACUAGAUCGCUUCGUAGACCAUGCGAGCCAUGACUAUGGGCAGUUUCCAGAAAAAGUAUUAGCACUCCUACAUGGUGGUGCUAGGAUGGAUACACCUUUGUUUGAUGGAAGGACAUUACUGGAAUGGAUAAUUCAGGAUUGGGACAUUCAUGAAUUUAUUCCUAGACCUUCCAGUACGGACCUACUUGAGCAAUUGUUGGCCGCAGCUACUUCGGCAAUGUUGAACAAGAAGCACCUGGAUGAACUCCUGUUUAUAUUCUUCGAACCGAGGUACUAUAAGGAGUGCAUCAUACUCCUCUAUCAUGGCGCCACUUUGAAACUCUACGACGAGGCAUAUUCUGCUGCAAGAGACAUGAUAUCCGCUUACGAACACCACCAGCCACGCGAUCCGGUAAAUCAUUUCAUAUACUUCCAGAUGAUUGCCCAUGCAGGCUUGCCAGCAGAAAAAUUCGACGAGUUGAUCGCCUAUGCUCGAGAAGUAGGAGACAUAGAUAGCAACCGAGCCCUACUUGGAAUCAACUGACUCUAGGACUUGAAACAAAACUGGUACCAUUAGGUUCCAAAAACGAUAUCACGGCCGUCGUGGAAAUGGCUAUGAAAGGAGGGUUUCAUUAACCAAAGUGCGAACAUGCCCCAGACUUGAUCACAAGGGCAGCACCCCAAACACGUUUUGACAUUUCUAGAAUGAGACGAAGGACCAAAGAAAAGAAAAAAAGAAGAAAAACCUAAGUGUUGAUGACAUGUUUUCUCUAGGCUCGUA